AUGGAUAUACCAAAGAUUCAUCAAAUAAACGCAAUGGCAAAAGAAACGUUGGAAAGAUUUUUGACCGAACAAAAGGACAUUUGUGAAAGAUUCUUUCAAAAUGGUAGUAGUCAAAACGAAGAAGAAAUGGUGAUGAAAAUUGGUACAGAAAUUUCCCAAUGUCCAUCAACCUUUGACGAAUUAUUAUGUUGGCCACGUAAAAUAGCUUCCAAAAGUACAACCCUACUUCCAUGUCCACCCAGAUUAAUUUUUGGAACGACUUACGAUUUAUUUUCAUCGUUUACACAACCAAUUAAAGAAUCUACAGAAAAGUUUAGCAAUGAAUCGAAUAUCUUGAAAAAAUUCAAUGGUUCAUCGUUGGCAAGUAAAUUUUGUUUGGCAGAUGGUCAAAGAUAUAAAAAUGAUCAAAGUAUUGCUUGGAGUAAUUAUACUUUGUGCAUAAGUACGAAUAAUUUGGGUACUGCGUAUCUUUGGAAAUAUGAAAAAUUGGAAAACAGUUCUUUACUGGGUAAAUGGUUACCAAUAAUCAAAACCGUGUCACAAAUUGGAUAUGCAUCGUCAUUUACAACAUUGUUAAUUGCUAUGACAAUUUUCACUAUACUCAGAAGGCUUAGAAAUCCAAGAAACAGAUUACACAUGCAUUUAUUCACAUCUUUCAUCAUGAGAGCAUUUAUGGCACUUUUUAAGGAAUGGGUUUUCGUUGAUGGUAUAGGAUUGGCAUGGGAUGUUAUAUUGGUUGAUGGUGAUCGUGUUUUUAUCAAAGAACGAAACACAUGGGCAUGUAAAAUUAUAACAAGUAUUUGGCAAUAUUUUAUAGUUGCCAAUUAUGCAUGGAUACUGAUGGAAGGAUUAUAUCUUUACAAUUUAAUAUUUAUGGCACUUUGUAUCGAUAAUACUGCGAUUACUUCUUACAUUAUUUUAGGAUGGGGAUUACCAGGAUUGGUAGUAAUACCAUGGAUAAUAAUUCGUGCAACUGUUGAGGAUACACUUUGCUGGACCACUCACCAUAAUCCUUCAUUUUUUCUUAUUGUCAGGAUACCCAUAGUGAUAUCAAUCUUAUUCAAUUUUUUACUAUUCUUAAACAUCGUUCGAGUACUUUUUGUAAAAUUGAAAACGUCGGUUCACAUGCAACACAAAAAAAUGCAGUACAGAAGAUGGGCCAAAUCAACGUUAAUUUUGGUACCCUUAUUUGGCGCACAUUAUACAUUAUUUUUGGGACUUUCUUAUCACAAGGAUAAUCAUAUUGAAUUGAUUUGGUUAUUUUGUGAUCAACUAUUCGCAUCUUUUCAGGGAGCAUUCGUAGCUUUGUUGUAUUGUUUAUUAAACGGUGAAGUAAGAGCAGAAAUUUUACGUGCAUGGAAAGCAAGACGUUCGAAAAAGGAUUCAUUAACACCUAUUAAUCUAUUAUAA